CAACGGCUGAUUGCCAGCACUGUUUGCGCUGCAGUCCAGUGCUGCGCAACGCGGCGGGUACAAAAAACAAUGGCGAGGCGAAACUAAAAAAUUUUGUUGCUGACAUCUGGUCGCUUGCAAAACUAUUUCUAGCAGAUUUUGUGAUAUUUCGUUGUGAUCGGUCGAUAAAUCCGCCAGUUUUUUUUUAAUGGAAAGUGCUAGCACAUUGUAGCGGUUGGAAAGAUAGCAGGAAAGACACAUUUUUCACGCCACAACGUAGUUACUACAUUUACGACUAACGGAACUCCUUCUGCAAGCAGUGGCAGUUGCUGUCCAUCAAGCAGUACACGGAGUUAACGCAGGAUAAGCCGGGAGAAAGAGGAAGAGAUCGGUGAAGAAGAAAGAUAUACAAUAAGGAUCAUGGACAUGAUUACGGUGGGGCAAAGCGUCAAGAUCAAGCGGACGGAUGGACGCGUUCACAUGGCCGUGGUGGCGGUGAUCAACCAGUCAGGCAAGUGCAUCACAGUCGAAUGGUACGAGCGCGGCGAAACGAAGGGCAAGGAGGUAGAACUGGACGCCAUACUCACGCUCAAUCCGGAGCUAUUACAAGAUACCGUCGAGCAGCACGCCGCCCCGGAGCCCAAGAAACAGGCCACAGCGCCGAUGAAUCUCUCGCGUAAUCCCACACAAUCGGCUAUCGGUGGCAAUCUCACAAGCCGUAUGACCAUGGCCGGCAACAUGCUGAACAAGAUCCAGGAGAGCCAGUCGAUUCCCCAUCCGAUUGUCAACAGCAAUAGCGUGAAUACAAACAGCAACUCCAACACCACGGGCACUACCGCCUCGACGGCGACCACUGGAUUACAGCGUCCACGGUACUCGCAAGCUGCCACCGGCCAGCAGCAGACAAGGAUCGCCUCGGCGGUGCCUAAUAACACAUUGCCCAAUCCCAGCGCGGCAGCCAGUGCUGGUCCGGCGGCACAGGGAGUCGCCACUGCGGCCACAACCCAGGGAGCUGGCGGUGCUAGUACCCGGCGAUCGCACGCAUUGAAGGAGGUGGAGCGACUGAAGGAGAAUCGCGAGAAGCGACGCGCCCGCCAGGCCGAGAUGAAGGAGGAGAAGGUGGCGCUGAUGAACCAGGAUCCGGGCAAUCCCAACUGGGAGACGGCGCAGAUGAUACGCGAAUAUCAGAGCACGCUAGAAUUUGUCCCGCUGCUCGAUGGUCAGGCCGUCGAUGACCAUCAGAUUACAGUGUGCGUGCGCAAGCGUCCCAUUAGCCGUAAGGAGGUCAAUCGCAAGGAGAUCGAUGUCAUCUCGGUGCCGCGCAAGGACAUGCUCAUCGUGCACGAGCCGCGCAGCAAGGUCGACCUCACCAAGUUCCUGGAGAACCACAAGUUUCGCUUCGACUACGCCUUCAACGACACGUGCGACAAUGCCAUGGUAUACAAGUACACAGCCAAGCCGUUGGUGAAAACCAUUUUCGAGGGCGGAAUGGCGACGUGCUUCGCCUACGGCCAGACGGGAUCGGGCAAGACGCACACCAUGGGCGGCGAGUUCAAUGGUAAGGUGCAGGACUGCAAGAACGGCAUCUACGCCAUGGCGGCCAAGGAUGUCUUUGUGACCCUGAAUAUGCCGCGAUAUCGCGCCAUGAAUCUAGUCGUCUCGGCCAGUUUCUUUGAGAUUUACAGUGGCAAGGUCUUCGAUCUUCUGGCCGACAAGCAGAAACUGCGCGUCCUGGAGGAUGGCAAACAGCAAGUGCAGGUGGUGGGCCUCACCGAGAAGGUGGUCGAUGGCGUCGAGGAGGUACUGAAACUCAUCCAGCACGGUAAUGCUGCCCGCACAUCCGGCCAGACGUCGGCCAACUCCAAUUCGUCGCGUUCGCACGCCGUCUUCCAGAUUGUGCUGCGGCCGCAGGGCUCGACGAAGAUCCAUGGCAAGUUCUCGUUCAUCGAUCUGGCGGGCAAUGAGCGCGGCGUGGACACCUCCUCGGCCGAUCGGCAGACACGCAUGGAGGGCGCCGAGAUCAACAAAUCGCUGCUGGCCCUCAAGGAGUGCAUUCGUGCGUUGGGCAAACAGUCGGCCCACUUGCCCUUCCGUGUCUCCAAACUCACCCAGGUGCUGCGCGACUCGUUCAUUGGCGAGAAGAGCAAGACCUGCAUGAUAGCCAUGAUCUCGCCGGGACUUAGCUCCUGCGAGCACACGCUCAACACGCUGCGCUAUGCGGAUCGUGUCAAGGAGCUGGUGGUCAAGGAUAUCGCCGAAGUUGGCCCUGGCGGCGACAGCGAGCCCAUCGAGAUCACGGACGACGAGGAGGAGGAGGAGCUCAACAUGGUGCAUCCGCAUUCGCAUCAGCUGCAUCCCAAUUCGCAUGCGCCGGCCACCCAGUCGAAUAAUAAACGUGCUCCGGCGGGUGCGGUGAUUCACAACAAUAAUAAUAACAACAACAAGAACGGAAACGCCGGCAACAUGGACCUGGCCAUGCUGAGUUCGCUGAGCGAACACGAGAUGUCAGACGAGCUGAUUGUCCAGCACCAGGCAAUCGACGACCUGCAGCAGACGGAGGAAAUGGUGGUGGAGUAUCAUCGCACCGUGAACGCCACCCUGGAGACCUUCCUCGCCGAGUCGAAGGCGCUGUACAAUCUGACCAACUAUGUGGACUACGACCAGGACUCGUACUGCAAGCGGGGCGAGUCGAUGUUCUCGCAGCUGCUGGACAUUGCCAUCCAGUGCCGCGACAUGAUGGCCGAAUAUCGCGCCAAGUUGGCCAAGGAGGAGAUGCUGUCGUGCAGCUUCAAUUCGCCGAAUGGCAAGCGUUAGUUCAUUCCCGCAUCCGACCCGAUCAUCCACAACCACCCAGACUCAUCCACCUCACCCAAAAUGUACGGCUAAUUUUAUAUAACGAAUUCCCUCUGGCUUCCCAACGGACGUGUCUGUUAAGUUUUUAACUGAUAUUUAAUAGUCGGGAGCCUAUAUUUUACAAACAGCAUUAUUACCAUUAUACCCAAUAAAAUAGAACUAAACUGAAAAACUGAA